GGAGGGGUCGCAGUUGACAGGAAGCGCCGCGCUGCCAUGUUGCCGAGCCUCCCGCGGCGCCAGGGCCCGGCGGCUGUGAGGGGAACAAAAGCAGCGCGGAGCGCACCCCGGCCUUCGCUACGCGGCCUUCCCUCGCUCGGCUCGGCGGCAGGCGGAGCUUUGCACCGCGCGCUCCUUUUCAAAUCCACCUGGUUUUAAACCGUGUUGUUCAGAGGCGGAGAUUGAGGGGGGGCCGGUUUUUCCCCCCGGUCGCGGCUCCCAGUCGGCGGCGAUGGAAAGGGCUGCCGAGCCGUCCUGGAACAGCUACACCUACCAGGUGAGCCAGCACAGCGCCGACAUGUUGAAGAAACUCAACGGGCAGAGGAAGAACGGCGGCCGCUUCUGCGAUGUGGUGCUGCGGGUGGGCGAUGAGAGCUUCCCGGCUCACAAGGCCGUGCUGGCCGCCUGUAGCGACUACUUCGAGUCGGUGUUCGGCGCGAUGGUGGACGAGGCCCAAGGCCGCGAGCUGGAGAUGCACACCAUCAGCGCCAAGGUCUUCAGGGACAUCCUGGACUUCGCCUACACCUCCCGCAUCGUGGUGCGACUGGAGAGCUUCCCCGAGCUCAUGACGGCCGCCAAGUUUCUGCUCAUGAGGUCGGUCAUCGAGAUUUGCCAGGAGGUAAUCAAACAGUCCAACGUCCAGAUCAUGGUGCCACCAGCCAGGGGAGACAUGAUGGUAUUUCGCCCUGCCAAUGUGGACUUCAGCUUUGCCCUGGACUUGGCUGCCGCUGCUUGUGCCAAUGGCAACUUUAUUGGGGAAAAUGGACACCUGCAGGGCGCUGGUGAUGUCAAGGUAGGUAGCCCAGGUGCCCCAGCUCCUGCCCUUCCGCCCCUGCAGGGUUCUUUACCUAUGAUGGAUGGCUUGAUGACUUCGCCUGCAGCACCGACCCUGGUGGCUGGUCAAUUCCAGGCUCCAGUGAACUCAAUGGGCCCUGACCAUGGCAAGCUGAUCAAGAGGGGGCGAGGACGGCCUCGGAAGGCUCCUCUGUUUGACCUACCACUGCUCACGGCACCUUUAGCCAUGAGGGAUGAGGGUUUUUACCCCUGCAGCUUCUGUGGGAAAGUGUUCAAGAAUUCUAACCGCCUCCUUCUCCAUGAGGCGCAGCACACGGGGCUGAACGUGGAACUGGGGUCGGGGGAGAAUCAGCUUCCAGGACUCGGGGACAAUCUGCUGGCCUCUUCGAGCAGCCUUGACAGUCCCCGUAAGAGAGGCAGAAUGAGGAAAAAUGUGGCCUGUGAGCUCUGCGGUAAAGCUUUUAGGGAUGUUUACCACUUGAAUCGCCAUAAGCUCUCGCAUUCAGGGGAAAAACCAUUUGAAUGUCCCAUCUGUCACCAGCGUUUCAAACGGAAGGACCGGAUGACCUAUCAUAUUCGGUCUCACGACGGAGCAGUGGGAAAACCGUACAUUUGCAUCAGCUGCGGAAAGGGCUUUUCAAGACCUGAUCACUUGAAUGGCCACAUCAAACAAGUGCACACUGCAGAGAGACCCUUUAAAUGUCAGACUUGUGAAGCUUCCUUCGCUACCAAAGACCGUCUGCGCUCUCACUUGACAUGUCAUGAGGAGAAAGUUCCCUGUCAGGUGUGCGGGAAAUACUUGCGUGCGGCUUACAUGACCGAUCAUAUCAAAAAGCACAAUGAAGGGCCAAAUAACAUCUGCAACAUCUGUAAUAAAGGUUUUUCUACUGCUUCCUACUUAAGGGUCCAUAUUAAAACCCACCAUGGUGUCCCUCUUCCCACCUCGCACACUUCUGACCCUUGUGACAGGCGGUGCAAGCCCCAGACUCAGAUCAUGAUUCACAAGCAAACACAGAGCGGGGAGAUGGCUUUUCACUUUGACAGAACACGCUCGUUACAAGAUGGUGAGAUGGAUGGGAUGAAGUGCCCGCAUCAGGACUCGCAGGAUAACUCUGACUCCUUUGGAGAUCUCUCAGAUAUCAGUGACCUCAAGUCUCCCUUGAAACAUGACCAGGAUGAGUCCUUUCAGUGUGACCUUAACAAUGGAAAAGUUAAAGUCGAAUCCAACGCUGAACUAUAUGCAGAACCGAAGAAGUACACCUGCCCAGACUGCGGCUCUGUGUUUAAAUCAAAGUCCUACCUGAAUAAGCAUAUGUUGAAGGCCCAUGUCAAACCCAGCGAGGGGCAACUGAAUGACUUGUCCACUAGCCUAAGCUCACCCUUUUCACCCCAUCAGAACAUGUCUCUCUUGGAGUCAUUUGGAUUUCAGAUUGUGCAGAAUGCAUUCGGCGCAACUUUGGUAGAUCCUGAUCCUGAUCCUGGUCCUUGUCCAGAUCAAGAACCCAAGCAGAGCAUUGAUAUCUCCGCUGACCAAAAGUCAGAUCUUGUUUAGGGGAGGCUCCGCAAAGUACAAAACAUGAUCAAAGCUGGGAGGCAGUGAUCGGAAUGACCACAAGUUUUUUUUAAUAAGACAUCCAAAACAAAAGAAUGUGGCUUGGGGUGGGAUGAAACUUGCAGGCAUUGUGGUCUGUACCAUCAUGGCCAUCUGAUAUUUUAUACUUCAGAAUAUUGCCUUGGGCAAAAGAUGAUUCCUUGCGCAGUAGGUAUCAGUUGUCCCAAAUCUUGGACGCAGCAGGUGUAUUUGAACCACAUCCAAUAUGUGAAUUGGGGGUUGGCUCCUGUAGCUGAAUUUUCCAUUUGACUGCUUCUAAUCAGAAUAUUACAGUGAUAUACUCCUAUGCCAGCUAGUAAGUGUCUGUCCAAUGAAAUUUGUUCAAAAUAAGCUAAUUACACAAUAAUGUCAUUUUUCAAAUUUAAAAAGGACAUUAUGGAAUGAAUUAGAUAAGUUUUAAAAUAGUUUUACUAAUAAACAGUGAUUAUUUAAAAAAAGUAAUUGUAAUUUCAAAUCCCAGAAGGAGCAUCACUCGCUGAAGCAAUGGAUUGUUGUUGGGAUCCCCCUUUGCAAAGACUUAGGUGCACAACAAGCAGAAUUAUUUGAAUGCUCUAAUCAUUGGAGAGUAAAAAAAUCAGAGUCAGCCAUGGAUUAGCCUGUAUAGUAAGAGACGGUCUAUUACAAGUUUAUUCUCAUUGGGCAGCAUUUGUGCAGAGAGAAAAAAAACCGAAGUUAAUGUUUUGGUCUGAUAAAAGGUAUUUAUCCGGAGGCUUUAACUCUUUUUUCUGUGUCUGUGGAUAUUGCCUUAUUCAUUCAGUGUUUCCAUAAUUUCUUGUUUUUAUUUCAGAUUUUCAACAUCUUCAGUAUUUUGCUUAAGGAUAGUCUACUACAGUUUCUUUAUAUUUUAAAACUAAUUCUCAAAAUCCAAACAUCUCUGGCAGGGUUUUCAACAGAUUGCCACGUGUCUGUAUCCAAUUUGGUAUUUGUGGCUAAGUUGUGGAAAAAUGUAUUUAGAUGAGAAGAGAAAAUAUUUGUAAAUGUAUUUACAAGUGCAUCCACACAAAAAGCCAGAAUUAUGCUGACUUAACUACAGAGUAUGCUCUCAACUUUUCAAAAUGAAAGCAGUCAUUAUAGUCAUUACUACUGAGGCAGAGAGAACUUGUGAUCUUUCACCAUCAUGCUACAAUGAUCUAAGGUCCAGGCUUUUAGAAAUGUAAUCCCUUUUGAGCAUAUCAGUGCAAAUUUUCACUGAAGUGUUUUAACGCACAAAAUCUCUUUGUUCUAAUUCAGUUUUUAAUGAAACCGUUUUAAAUUACCUGAGAUUUCAUUCUUGCGUCAUUUUCCUGUGCAUUUUUACCACUGUGGUGAUCUCUUUUGAUACCAGACACCAGCAGGCUGCCAGUCAUCUCUUCAGAGUAGUAAAUGACUGUGAAUUUCGAGGGGAUGAAAGCAUUCUGUUGGAAAUGUUAUAAUAAUCAAAGUAAUUGGUUAAAAAAAAAAAAAGAAGCUAGGAUGGAAACUAGAGCUUUCUGUCUCAGUAAUGGGAAGCCUGACGUUUGGUAAUGCAAACUUUGAAAUGUAUUGAAUAAAAGUGUUUGAGAGGGGAAAAGGAUCAAUAAACAUAAGUGAGUCUUCAAAGUCCUCGAGAACCAGAUUACACCAGAUUUUCAUUUUGUCACAGAUAUGACAAAUGGAGCUUUAGGAGUUCAUUGAUAAUUUAUUGAUUGACAAAGGGAUGAAAUUGUGCUAAAUGAUUUAUUAGAAAUAAUGUGAUACUUUGGUAAGAAAGGAAAAAUGAAAUGAAUAUAAUUGAUGCCUCUGUCCUGAAUCUUCUGUAACAUGUCUUCAGCCUGUAUGGUUUAUCUAAAAACUGUUUAAACUCUGAGGCGCCUGUUUGAGUGUACCAGAGCAAAAAGAUGCAGUGCAAAGAAAUGACUGUUACUUAGUAACACGAUAAAAUUAGGUGUUUAUUUGGCUAAUGUGAGACCAUCCAUUCUCUUGACAGUAGAAUAAUAAUAAAUGGUAUUAACAGUACAAAUUUGGCCUUGCCUUAAAAUUAACCUACAAACUGAAUUGUUUGGGUGGUAUUCAUUCUAAAAUCCAGUUUGAUGGUUCCAAACAGAGGAUUUGUCAUUAUGUUAUGGAGUUGCUUGUCAGUUGUGUUUAGAUUGGCUGCUCAUGUAUAUGGGCAGGAAGGGGAAGAAAGUAAAUGUGAAUAGUUGGCCAUAACUAAGUGCUGUUUCCAUUUGGCUAAAUAUGGAGCCUUGAAGCUAACAGUUACAGUAAACGCUGUAGCACCUGAAAGAGGGAGGAUUUAGGGCGGUAAAUAAUCCUGGGGGAAUAACGGAGCGGGCUCUUUAAGUAGCUCGUGAGGAGAAAUCAAGAGAUAAAAAAUAAAGAAACACAAUGUUUACAAAAUUGAUCAUUGCAAAUAUACUUAAGCUGUCUUUCAGUCUCGAACAAUUUCUAAAACUGAUUGGGCAGAGGGUUCACAGAUGGUUUUCGAUGCAGGAGACUACUUGUAUACUUAAAGAAAUCCAGGCCCAAAUGUAGUUCCCCAUCUGACUGCAGGUAUGGCUGAAUCUCGAUCUUACCUUUUUCAUGAGUGUUUCUGUGAUUUUAUUUAGAUAGGAUGAAAAUUAUUUUGCUAUUUUUACUUUCCCAUUUAAAUUAACAUUAUAGGAAUUAAUUUCUACUUUCCCAUUUAAAUUAAUAUUAUAGUUUAGUAAUAUGUGCUUAUCUAUCCAGUAUUGUCUCUGUUUUAUGUGUGUGUGUAUAUAUAUAUGUAUGUGUGUGUGUGUGUAUAUAUAUAUAUAUGUAUUUUUAUAAUUCUUGAGGCUUUGUACUGAGGAAUUUUCUACUUGGAUGUCUAGUGAGUUUGGAACUCUUCCUCCAGUCAGACAUAUCACUACAAUGUGUUUAAAAAUACAUCCUUUUCCUAUUUAUCAGCUACCUUUAGAGUAGAACUUAUAUUGUGAUCCAGAAAUACCUCUAGUUGGAGAUGUUAUCAAAUUAUUUUUCAGUUGACAGCUUCUUCAUCUUGCUGGAAAAGAUAAACUUCAUCUCUAUUAAAGCCAUGCCUUGGAGAUAAAAGAGCAGGGCACACAUAGCUGAUUCAUUCCCUUUCUUCUUUGUGUCCAAAACUUAAAUGUUAUACUUCAUUUGUUACUGGAUUCAAGAUAUCUUCAUAAAGCUGGAAAUAGUUUCCCAAUAAAUGUUAAGUUUAAAUUGAGAUUUAUGUAGUCUGUUUACAUUUCAACGGCUAAUUUAUUGUUUAUGUAUGUUAUUCAUUUUAUCAUGUUUUGAAUGAGACUUGUUCAUAUUCCAGGUUUGAAGUUACUUGUUAACUGGUAGGCAUAUCCCAACCUAUUGGUAUUGUAGGUGAAAUAAAUUACCUUGCAGCGAUCCUGAUUAUUUAUUCAGUGACCUUUGGAAAAUACUUAGGGCUGUUAAAUAUGGGAAGGAAUAAGAUGAACUGUAUUUCUUCUCCCAACAUAGAUAAAUAUCCUACUGACCUUUAGAGUUGUAGAGAGAGGGCAGUAUUGAAACAGCCAGCCUAGCUCGUGUUCAUCUAUCAUCCAUUUACACUUUUUCUACACUAAUCCCAUUUUUAAGUUCUCCCCAUGUUCUCAUCUACUUCCCCUAGAUUCUACCAGGCAGCCUAUACAUGAGGGGAAAUUUAUACUGGCUAGAUAAUCUACCAACCUGCAGGUCUCUGGGGUGUGGGAUGAAACCAUAGGGCCUGCUGGAAAGGUCUGCAGUCAUGGAGAAUGUGUAAAUUCCUCAUAGGCAGCACCCAAAAUCAGAACUGUUCCUGGCUCUCCAGUGGCUCUACCAAAUGACACCAGGUUACUGCCCAUUAUCUUGAUUGUUGUGCAAUGAUUUUGUUUGAAUUCGCUUGUGUGGCCACAGGAUUAAGUUUGGCUGUGUUUUCCACAUCACAGCUAAGAUCAAUGCUGCCACUUGCUGUAUAGGUUCACAUAGACAAAAUUAACGUACUGGAGAAUUACUGCCGUGUAAAACUCAGUGCCUUCAUGAACAGAGUGGAAAAUCAUUGACUGAAAAAAACCAUGAUCCGUUAUGAAAGCAGUGAACAGAAAUAUGUCAGAGGAUUGUAUAUAUUGUUUAAGAAUUUGCUUUAGUUUUGCUUAGUUUGGAGAUGCAGCAUGGAAACGGGCUCUUCAGCCCACCUAGUCCACGCCAAACAUCGAUCACCCAUUCACACAAGCUCUAUAUUAUCCCACUUUCUCAUCCACUCCUGACACAUAUAUAGGGCAAUUUUACAGAGAUUAAUUAACCUACAAACGCGUACGUCUUUUGGAUGUGGAAGGAAACUGGAGCCCCUGAGAAAACAGGGAGAACAUUGCAAACUCCACACAGAUGGCAUUAGUAUAAUGGGAUAGGAGGAAAAGAGAAUUCCAAAGAAAGGUUAUCAGCCCAAAGCGUUAUAUCUGCUACUCUUUCCACAGAUGCUGCUCGGUUUACUGAGUAUUUCCAGCAUUUUCUGUUUUUAUUUCAGGUUUUUGUUCUGUAAUUUUUUUACAUUAUGAUUACUAUAUUAGAUUCCUUUUGUUAAAGGAGAUACCAGGUUAACAAAAAAUAAAAUCAUAGAUGAACAUUAUUAUACAUUUUCUCAAAAAUAGUUACAUAUAUGGAUAGGAAUAACAUAAAUCAUACAUUUAGUCAGAAAAGCCAUCUUAAACAUUUAUUGUACUUUUGUAUGAGCAUUGAUGUUACCAAACUAAUCGUGAACCCAUGCUGUGAUCUAGUCUUAUUGAAGGUUAUUUAGGUUUUGCUGAAUCCAAGAUAAAGCAUAGUACAAAGGGGCAAUUUCUCACCCCCCAUUAAGCAUUUGGCAGCUGGUAAUUUGCAGAUGCUAUAUCAGUUAUAAAGCAUUAAAUUACAUGAGUUGGAUAUUUAAAAAGGUUACAAAUUAAGCAUCUACAAUGACACAAAUGAGGAAGUAGCUGAUGAAAAGUUGAGGUAACUUCACAAAGCGUUAGUUGCCUUAAAAUAAUGAAGUAUUGGGUGCUAAUUGUGGAUUACUGUUACGUAUAGAUUUAUUUCCCUGGAUUAAUAAUCUUUUUGUUUGAUGUUGAAGAUUUUAUAAAAUUUUGUCUUUUUUCAUCCCCAUUUGUAUAAGGACUUUGUAGACAGUGCUUUCUUCUGGACUAAAAUAAAAUAGCAGAUUAUAGCAUCUGUCAGUUGAGUUUGAUCCUGAGCUUUGCCAAGCGACUUGCAUUAAACUGGACGGCAGUAAAGUGGCAACUAUUAGGCUUCUCUCGCCAAGGCUGGAGCUUAGUAGGUUGUAGCAACUUCUUGGGCAUGGACAGCAAGCAAGGACAAGGUUGGCAUUGCAAAAACAAAUGAAAUCUGACCAUGGGAAUAUUUUAACUGCUUCAAUGGUAUGAAAACUUCUUGGACAUCAUAGCAUGAUGGAAUUCUGCUUUUAGAAUUGAUUCUUUUUUUUUUGGCCAAUUUUUUAGUCAAUAAUCAAUAAAUUGUGAAAUAUUAAAUUUUGUUUGCAAGUUCAGGUUGCAACAUGGAACUAGCAGCACUGUGAAAUGGGUACUUGGUCUAGUGAGUCUGUGACUGUGAAUAUUCCAUGUGCGCUUCCUGCCGCCUUGCUUCAUCAAAUCCAACAAUAUUAGCUAUUCCCAUCCCCUCAAGUACUUGGCUUUCUCCAAAGUACUUUUAUGCUAUUCCACUCAACAGCUAACUUGAUAGCAAGUUGGGCAAAGGAAGUUUUUCUGAAAAUUGUUAGAUUUACCAAUGACUAUCAUGUCUCUAGAGUUCAUGUUUUGAUGUUGCCUGGCAUGCAAAAAUAGCUCCUGUACAUAAUAAAUACACUGUUUCAGACUUAAAAGUCUGAUAAGCUGAUCCCUCAGCAUUUAUCUUAAUACAAUCAACCAGUCUCUUCAGUUUUUCUUGAUAGUAUUGGCCUCCCAGAUUUAGCACCAUCCAUGUACAUGUGUUUUUUUUUUUUGCCCCGUUCAGUACCUCCAUAUACUGUUUGUCCAGGAGCUGGGCGUGGCUACUAAAAAUGAUAUUGUAGGAGUUUAGUUUCACCUCUUGUAGCUCUUCUGUGUACACUUUAUAUUUUUAAUAUCUGGAAAUUGUGUGGAGUUUGGCGUCUAAGGCUAUUGGAGAAACUGUUGGCUGAUCUUUUUGAUCAGGAUUCUGCCUCUUCACUCAGUCCACAGAAGGAGUCAUGGAGUGCAUGUGUUGACCACGGUUUGUUGGAGGAGUCUAACCUCUUGAGUCAAUAAAUUGUGGCUUUUUAAAAAUGAAAACCUUCCCUCCCCUCUUUUAAAUCCUGCAAUAUUUUUUAUUUUUUAUAGAAGCCUUAGACAGGGCCCAUGAUGUUUUCAUUGGUUUAAGAUGUCACUUGAUGCUUCAUGGAGCUGUCAAAGCAGGUUGAUUCUGCAUUUGAUCUCAGCCUGGUGGGUUAUCUCACCUAAAGAUGCAGUAGAAGUGCUGAACACAGUUUCCUUUCUUUAAUCCAGGAAGGAAGGAAAUCAGAUUUCACAUACUUACCACCCACUCACUGUCAGGCAUUAGGAAAUGGCAGUGCAUGAACAUGGAUGAGGAUGGCCUUGCACUUGGCAGAGAUAUCCACCUGCUCUCUGGUUGAGUAACUGGCUUAAAUGUAAAGAAUAACCACUUGAUUGAAGUCCAAGAGACGACUUUAAACAUUUAGAGAGGUUGUGGUUUGUUGUGUAAAAGAUAGCAUGGUCAAGAAUAAUUACAUACAUUUGGUAUGAAUGGGAGAUGAGGUAUUCGCAAUAUCUGUGAAGAGAGAAACAGUUCACUUUUCAAGUUGUUAAUUGUUUCCCAUAAAUACUGACGGACCAGAUGAGCACAAAACUAAAACAGAAAAUGCUGGAAAUAUUCAGCAGCUCAGGCUGCAUCUGUGGGAAGGGAAACCGAUCCACAAAUGUGACCAGCUCUGCUGACUAUUUCCAGCAUUUUCUGCUCUUUUAGAUUUCCAGCAUCUGUAGUGUUUUUUUUCCUAGACUUCUGAGCAUUUUGACAACGCUGUAUCCAUUUGUUAUUUAGUUUGGAGGUAGACAAAAAUGCUGGAGAAACUCAGCGGGUGAGGCAGCAUCUAUGGAGCGAAGGAAAUAGGCAACGUUUCGGGCCGAAACCCUUCUUCAGACUGAUUAUUUAUUAUAUGAUCGGACUGUUAUUUAGUUUGUCUAGUUUCUCCACUCCACCCCUCGCCCCUUCCAUUCUACACUGAAAGCUUUGAAGAGUGUUCAUGGGAUAUUGCAGCACACUAUGUUAUGUUACACAAAACGAGUAAAUAUCCAUUGCUCUGCAGCACCAUCUGGUGUUUGCCUGAAUAUUCAUUCUUCACUAUACUUCCAUAGUAUCUAUUUGUUAUUACUGUGCACAAAAGCAGAGAAGAUCCCCUGUGUUAUCCAGCAAAAUCAAAUUGGUCCAAAAUCAAAUCAAAACAAGGUUGUCAAAUCCUUCAUGAUUGUGAAUAUCUGCCACAUCUGUUCUCACCUUUCUCGGUUGUAAGGGGAACCAUUUUAGCUCUGCCACCUCCACAAAAAUAAAAUCUCUCAUUCCUGCUAUCAUUGUGAUAAAUCACAUCAACACUUUCACUGAGGCCUAGACAAUCGUAAAGGACAGUGACAGGAAGUUAAUAUGAUGAUCCAUGAGAUCUCAGAGUGGUUUGUCAAGGUUCAGCAUGACUUUAUAUUCGUAAUAAAGACAGCAUAAAAUUUGGCUUCCCGGAAUAUCCUGCCACCUUCAAAUAUCCCAGAUUCUUGUGUUCCUGCCCACGGGUCAAGAUUGUGCCUUUGAUUGUGUUUUGAUAGUCAUUUCAAAGCAUGUCACAGCACUUAUUUGCGUCAAAUAACUACACUUUGAUUUGUGUUGUUCUGAACUCUUGCAAUCCUCUCAUUGCUUGCCAUAUUUUCAAUCUUAGUGUUAGCUAUCAUUAAUGAGCUGAUUUAGUGCAUUCAGAGGUACUCACACUAUCUCUGUCCUCCCUUAUCCAAGUGACCCUGUGUGAUCAGCAACUGUGGUGAUUUUUUGGAAAAAUAGCUCACGCAGUUUAGUACUGGAACUAACUCUGGCUGAAUACUGAUCCCUAUUUAUAUCGGCAGGCUGACUUUCUGGUGUUUUGAUCUCUCUAGUACUUGGUCUGGAUAGGUACUGACUGUAAGGGAUAUUGUACCCUGCCGUUUCUGGCAGGAGAUCUGAUUGUUUUGUAUAACUGGUUCUUCGUGUGGGUAUAUUGGCACAAUACCAUCGACCGCCCAAUCUUGUUACUAGCUCAAAAUCUGUUCCUGUCAUCUUUCUUUUGGUACCGUGUAGAAGGUGCAGAAAUGUUGCAGCAGCAAAUUUCACAGUUGAUAUUUGUGGUGCUUCAUUUGCACACUUGGCAGUCAGACAAUUGUAACAUUUUCAAGUUGUUUUACAGUGUGUCAAGACCUUUGAGUGUAUUUCCUCCUUGUGUUCUAGGUUACUUCAUUUUACCAAACUAUCCCUUGGCCUAACUCAUCCAUGCCGACUAAGAUACCCAUCUACAUUAGUCCCAUUUGCCUGCGUUUGACCCAUAUCCCUCUUAAACCAAAUCCUAUCCAUGUACCUUGUACCAAUGUCUUUCUAAAUGUUUCUAUGUACCUGCCUCAAUCACUUCCUCUGGUAACUUAUUCAACAUGCGUACCGCCCUCAAUGUGGGAAAAAAACUCCCCAUUUGUUUUCUAUUAAAGCUUUCCCCUCUCACCUGAAACCUACACCCGCUAGGUCUUGAUUCACCAACCCUGGUAAAAAAGACUGUACCUUCACCCCAUUUUUGCCCCUCAUGAUACUUUUAUUCCUGUAUAAGGUCACUACUCAAUCUCCUAAACUCCAAGAAAUAAAGUUUCAGCCUGCCUAAUUUUUCCCUAUAACUCAAACCCUCAAGUCAUGGCUACAUCAUUGUAAAUCUCUGCUCCACUCUUUCCAGCUUAAUUCCUGUUGUUUCCAAAUGUAUUGAAUGAUACCAGCUUUAAUAUCUUUCAAGAUGAUGUAUAGUGUGAUUUGCUGAAUCAAUGCAAAAUAACAAAAAUAAGUCCAAGGGGUAAGAAUAUGGCUAGCCAAUCACAGUCUCUUAAUAACUGCAUAACCAUUUUGCGUGAGUAUUGUUUUUAAUUUUUUUCUAAAAUGGGAAAACCAAUAUUGCAACAGAAUGAAAAUUAGCAACACAUCGAAUCUGCACUUCUUUAUUUACUGUGGCAUAUAAAGAGAAAUAAAUUAGUUUAGAAUUAAAUAGUUAAUGAAGUCUAUUGUUAAAAGUAGAAUUUCGUGGGACUGUAAUUUGUCAGAACCAAGUUGUUCACAGGUCAAGGUUCAAUGGGUUUUCCUGAAUGACCUUGUCACUCGGAUCUGCUGUUUAACAAAUAUGUAUGUCCAUUAUAGUGACGAUCAUCAAAUAGUAUUACAGAAAAAAAAGGAUAUUGGAUUUUUUGAUAGAAUUUUUUGAAAAAGCUAACCAGAUUUGUAUGAAAGUCUUACAUGGAGAAUAGUUUAGAUGUACUGAACACAGCCACCAACACUUCACUCCCUCUCCCUCCCCUUACCCUUGAAUCUCCUAUCUUCUACUACAGCAUCAGAAAAUGUGUUGCCUGAUACUACAUUAGUUGGUACUGCACGACUAGCUUAGUUUGUUGAUUGAACCCAGAGUAUCCACUUUGGCCAUUGGUUUAAGCAAUGCUAUUUCUUGGAUCGUUAGCUGGUAUAGAGAUAACGCUUUGAUAUCUUUGAUAUGAUGUACCAUGUUUGGUACCAUAUUGGAUAUUGGUGCUGCAUUGGCAACUACAUUUAUAUAAAAUGACCUUGCACAACUGGUUUGGUUCGUUGUUGAUACAGCAUUGCUGUGACUUGUUUCACUGGUUAGUAUUCUGUUAUUCAUUGGCAGUUACAAUUGGCACAAAUUGGAUCAUUGGGUGGACCCAAUGGCUCAGUUCAUGGGUUGGUAUUGAUUUGCCCCACAUUAUCUCCUUCAUUCUGGAUCAUUGUUUGGUCUUCCAUUGCCAACUUAAAUUAUUGGUUGGUACACAGUUACCAGCUUGGCCUGGUAGCAACUUCUCGGUAGGAUAAAAAGUGUCAAGAAACGUUACUUGGGGAAUAUGAAUCACUCAGUCUAAGUCUUCUUGAAUGACCCAGGAGCAUGUGCUCCAUUUAUGAUAUAAUUAUAAGGUUCAUUAAAGGCUGUUUCCAACCUGCUGAAUACAAUUGGCCAAAUUUGUGUACGUUUCCCACUCUCCCGUGGAUUGAUCACAAUGUCAACGUGAAAUCUGUGCAACAAAUAUUUGUUGUAAGUCCUCUGCCGACCAUUGAGGGUCCCUACAAAAGAAAUUCUGAACCAGUUGGAAGUUUAUUUCGAGGAGGCUGUCAACAGCACCUUGGCGUACUCCAGAAGAGACUGUGUCUGUGCUCAGCAACACUAAUGAAAAUGUUGAUGGCAAGCAUGUCAUUGGAGGCAGCAUUGUACAAUGAGCAGGGUACAGAUCUCUUCUGAUACACCAAUGGACUAUUCACUCCUCACAACCAAGUGAUUGGAUUGCCUGUUCAGCACAAGUAUUUCAUUUUUCUUUUGACACUCUGUCUCAGCCCCUUUAUUUUCUGCCCCUCAAUAGCCUGCCUUCUCUUUCAGGGUGGCGGGUGGGAUUGUCCUUUUGAUGUCAUACAGUUUACCAGAGCAAGCAAAUAAUAGUCUGGGGUCCUACGUCACUACUUCCAUUAAAUCUGAUACCUUUAAAUGCUUCACAGCCAAAAGCUCCAAGAAUGAUUUGCCUCAUCUCAGAGUGAGAUAAGAGAACAUCUACUUGGCAGUCACCAAAGCUACAGGACAUCACAAUAGACAAUUAAAACUAUAUUUGAAGGCUACUAUACUGCAAAUUGCAGGAGCGGUGGAUGGCUCUGGUACCAAAAGGUAAAGUGGUACAUUGCUUAUGUAAACUGGGAGUGUUUUACUUCAAAUGCUUUUGACAAAGGAAAAAGUGCUUUAAUGCACUAAAGCUCAUUAAUUCUUAACAUGUACAGUAAUUAGUAGUCGGAUGGGAAGGCACAGGCAUUUGAGUACGAGAUGUUUGAAUCAUUUUAUAUGCUAUAUCUGAACCCUUCACUUUGUUAAACCUUAAACUGCUUGCUUCCUGGGCUCCACUUGUGAUGUGUGCAGGUUUAGUAGAACUUUGUAAAUCUCCCAGGUGCGUGCUUCAAGUCUCCAUGCAAACAAAUGUGUUAUGUUGAUCAUGUGAUUGCUUAGAAAUUUAUUAACUCUUUUGUGGGUUGUUCUACUAUGUACAGACCCUGAUGAUUGCAAAGCUACUUGAGAGAAGCCUUUGUUUUGGUCUAUAAUGGCUUAUAAACAGUAGAAACCUGAAGUAGAUGAUGUAAUGUAAACUGUUGAAUAUUUUUAUACUGUGGAUGUUGGGGAAAAGGAGAGUAAUGAAGUCAGAUGGUAGUGUUCAUGACCUCCUGAGAAAUUACCUUUAGUUUGUUUCCAUGUAAUUAAAAGCAACUUUUUAAACAUGUUUAAUAAUUGUCUGUGUCUUAAUUAUUUAACUAUCUUAAAAUGCUGUAGUAGUGGAAUAUUUAGUAUAUCCCACAGUUGAGACCAGUCCAGAAGCCCUCAUUCACAUCUGUAGAUUUGGCAGCUCUCGUACUUGGAUAACCUAUUGAUCCUCUAGUUCGAUUAAUAUGAGUUAUCCUUUAGACAGUGUGUAUCUACAGUGCAUUAUGAUUCUAUGAUAGUUUCUAUGAUUGAUUAUUAGUAAUUUUUGUGUUUUGGGUCCACUGACUCCAGCUGCUGUCCGCAACUGAAUUGUCGGCCCUGUGCAGUGUUUGAGUCAGGAUGACAGCAAUGUAUAACGAGGCAUGUAGAUAUUCUUCACUUUAACUGAAGGCACCCCUCAAUACAAAUCACUGAAUUUUCCUUUUUCAGGCUGGGCAGUGUCCAGGGAAAGAAUUGCAAUUUGUCACACACUAGGGCAGCCUGCAUAGUCUAGGUGGGCCAUGCUGUUACAGCAAGUUGCCAGUUUCAGGAGUGCACGGACACUUUUGUAAGUAUUUGAUAAAUGUUAUGUUGUCUGUUAUGAGGAAUGUGCUUGCUAAAUCCUAUAGACCUAUCAGGACUGGAGGUUAUGUGGUAGUUGAGAUGGAGGUGUUUGUAGGUGGUGGCUUUGUGACCUUGUGUUCUAGCCCCCAGUCAGGGCAAUGGGCUGGUGCACGGCACAACGUGUUGCAGUUACUCGCUUUGGCCCGUGGGCAGAUGUCACUCGAGCAUAACCUUCAGAAUCUCGUCACUUUGGUUCUCCCAUCUUCCUGCAUCCUAGAUAUGUAACCCUUGUUCCAGCACCAUAGCAAAGCCCUGGUUAAUUUGUCUGGAUAACAACAUGUAUACUGUGCUUUCCAUAGCAACAGAUCAUAAACUGCAAACACCGUUCACGUUGCUGGAGACUGCAACAUAACUGAGAUUUUUUUUGGCAGCACAUUAAACCAAGCAUUUCUGUAGCAAUUGAGUAUCUCUAGUCUUCUCCACACAUGCAGUUUCCUCCCCUGACAGAAAGCUCCAUGUGCUGUAACUGUGGCAGAGGCCCAUGGUAAGCGUACUUCAUGUCAGUUAGCAUCAUCGGAGGAUUGUGAAUUUUCUUGGAAGGAUAAUAGAAUUGAUUGAAUUGCCCUAUUUUGUAGCAAUUCAAUUAAUCAAAGACCAUCAUUUCAAUCAUUUUUUUGGGAUCAUUAACGGAGAGGGAAUCUGAUGGCUCCAUCAGCAACAGUGUCCCAGUCAGUGCCUAAAUGCUUAGACGCAGUAGCAGCUGUUUCUUAUUUAGGCCAAUAAUGUUUUGAUCAUCUUUUCAUUGUAGCACUUACCAUGGUGCUGCAGUGAUAAUAUUCCCUGUUGAUUGACCAUGGUAAAUAAGGACAGAGCAGGCAUGUAUGUUAAAUUAUGCCACGAUUACUGUGUUUGCUAUUCCAUCCUUUGAUCACUGGCAUCGCCCGUCUACUGUGAUAAAUCACCCCAGUCUGUUUGUGCGUUGGUUGGGUGUACGCCUUGUAGGUCAUUUGUUAAGUUUAUGUUGAGCUUCUCGUAUUGUACGGUUAAUGAUGACUGGGCAAAGUAUCCAAUUCUCCCUCCUUCCAGGGACAACACAACCAAGAACACCCACUUUCAUACAGCAAAGCCACAAUAUUCAAACAGCACAAAGCCACCAGUAUAUGAUAGACACGGAGUAGUACACAGCCUAUUAUGGGGCUGUUGCUGGGUUGACAUGAUAGAAUCCUUGGGCCACCUAAGAGAUGGAUACGCCAAUGAUUAAUGAUCGAGAAGAUGAUAUUGAAUAGCUUCUCAAGCAGUUCAGAGAAAAUUAAAUUUGUGUAAUUUCCUUUUUCUCUCCUGCCUCCCACGUUUUCUGGGUUUGUUUGAUAACUUAGUCUGCUGAAAUAGAGCUGGCCGCAAGAGUGUUUUAGCUAUAAAUAUAUAAGGAGUAGAAAUAAUCUGAUGACACUGUAAUUCUGCAUAAGAAAAAUGUACCUUGUUUCUCUUUUGUGAAGCUACAAUGAUGAUUAUGUGGCGACAAUACAUAAGUGAUACAGAGCUGUUACCAUGUGCCUUCAAUGGGAUACUUGUAAUGUUGAUUGGAGUACAGUUUAUAUACAAGAAUCUGUUUAGACUAGGUUUGUUUUUGUAUCAUAUAUUCCAGACAUUCUGAAUUGGAUUUUAAAACUAGCAGUGUUAUGCUGAUCAUCUCUUACUAAACUAGAAGUGUUUUUUUUUGCAUUUUGUAAAAUGACUGAGUACAUAUCAGUCCCACAGGCAUGUGUUUUUUGUACUAGCAAGUUAUAUUCCCUGUAUUGUGUACUUACAGGAUGGAUGUAAUAUGACUUAUUAAUAAA